CCCCUCUGGUUGUUCUGAGUUCUCUGUGUCUGCCCCCACCCCACUUCCCCGCGUAGACGCGCUUCUGGAGACAGAAACCUCAUUGUUGGCUACAGAAAGAAUCAGAGUGGCAGGGCUGAGACCUCCCCAGCACUGUUGCAGAGGGAGGCCUGCAGGGAUGGAGAGCGGCCUGGCUGGCAGUGGCUCAGGAGAUGGGCUGGCAGGGAUCAAGCAGGAAAAACCAGAGUGGCCGCUGCAGACUGUGAUAUCUCAGGCUGCACUUCCGGAGAAGGACAAGGAAAACACAUUUCAGCCGCAGAGUGGCCUCCCACCAUGCCAGACUAUGGGGCGGCGGGCUAUGGGGUCACAGGAGGAAAUUGGGGGUGCUUGGUGGGCCCCACCCCCUGAGCAGGAAGCCCGGCUGGCUGCUCGAGUUCCGGGGACAGCUCCAGGCCUUCUGAGCCCUGUACUUUCUGUGGGUGGGGGUCAUUUUGUGUGCAUGGAUUGUGGGAAAAGGUUCAGCUGGUGGUCAUCCUUGAAGAUCCACCAGCGCACACACACGGGCGAGAAGCCUUACCUCUGCAGCAAAUGUGGCAAGAGUUUUAGCCAGAAGCCCAACCUGGAGCGCCACCAGCGUCACCACACUGGUGAGAGGCCCUUCUGCUGUCCAGAGUGCACAAGACGCUUCAGUCAGAAGCAGCACCUGCUCAAGCACCAGAAGACUCACUCUCGGCCCACCACCCACUCGUGUCCAGAAUGCAAGCGCUGCUUCAGGCACCAAGUGGGCCUCCGCAUCCAUCUGCGAACGCAUGCCCGGGACCACCUGGGUGCCCAUGUCAGCUUGCAUGAGAUGCUUCAGUAUGCUGCGGCACGCCGCCAGGCCUGCCGCCUGCGCCCUGGAUCCCCACGCAGAUGCCCUGAGUGGCUCUGGCUGGGGCUCUGCCAGGGCUGGUGGGGCCAGCACAGGGUACGGACAGCAGCUCACCACCGCUUAGGUCCCAAUGAGCAACGCCAGUUCAUCUGCAAUGAGUGUGGCAAGAGCUUCACAUGGUGGUCAUCGCUGAAUAUCCAUCAGCGCAUCCACACAGGCGAGAGGCCCUAUGCGUGCCCUGAAUGCGGCCGCCGCUUUAGCCAGAAGCCCAACCUCACGAGGCACCUGCGCAACCACACAGGCGAGCGGCCUCACCCAUGCUCGCACUGUGGCCGCAGCUUCCGUCAGAAGCAGCACCUGCUCAAGCACUUGCGCACGCACCUUCCUGGUGCCCAGGCCACGAGGUGUACCAGCUGUGGACAGAGCUGCCCCAGCCGUGCGGCACUGCGGGCGCACCAGCGUGUGCAUGCCGCUACAGAGCUGCUACGGUCGCGAUCUGCAGUCCAGAGUGGCGUGCCUGGUUCAGAGUCACAAGCUGAGAUUGCCCCAAGUGUGACUCUGAAGACCCAGGGUACUCAGGAUGCCAAGGAAGUGCUGUGUGGUCAGGAGUGCGAGACCCAGGCUGCACCCAGUGAGCAGCGCCAGUUCAUCUGUAACGAGUGCGGCAAGAGUUUCUCAUGGUGGUCAGCGCUCACCAUCCACCAGCGCAUUCACACCGGCGAGCGGCCCUAUGCAUGCCCAGACUGCGGACGCUGUUUCAGCCAGAAACCCAACCUCACACGACACCGGCGCAACCACACUGGUGAGAGACCCUACCUGUGCACUGCCUGCGGCCGUGGAUUCCGUCAAAAGCAGCAUCUACUCAAGCACCAGCGUGUGCAUCGCGGAGCUCAGGCCCCACACCCUGGCCCAGAGGAGGAAGAAGAGCUGUAGUGUGCGCGCCACCUGUGUAGUUGAUGGUGGCAGGCGGUAGAAUGUGUUCUUACAGGAUGUCGUGGGGAACAGGAGGGCCGGGAAUGCUGACUCUUGAUGCCCUUCAAGUUAGAUCCUAUUGAAAAGCUCCCCAAGGUUCUGAGACCUGAGGAUGGUAUUCCAGAAACAUCUCAAGGAAGCCUGAGAAGUGCCUAUUGGGGGAGGAGGUGAGGUUCAAAGCUGAGUCUGAUGGGAAUGUGUUCAUUAGCAUUUAGAACUGACCCCCUGCCUUCCUAGUGAAGAGCCCUAGGAAAGCCUCCUGUGUGAAGUGGCCUGGAACUGAUCAUCGGUAGCACUGUCCUGUCACAUAGCUACAAGAUGGUUAGAGGGGUGGUCCCUGUGGGAAGAGGGUCACAGACUCCGAUUUGGCUAGGAGGAGUAAUUAUUUCCCCAGCACCAAGGACAGUGCCACCUGUACCACGCUGGAUGAUUUGAUGGUCUCUCUCCAACCCUGGGUGUCUCAUGGUGCUAGGUGUGGCAGACCUGGCCAUAGAACUGAUAAUGUAUGUGAUGAUUAAGGGUUGGGUACGGGCACAUGGUCUCAGCCAAGCUUGGUUGCCUGGGAAAGUCGCUGUGCAAGAGUGGGCCGUGUGUUCUAGGUGUGCAGGUGUCUGUGACUGACAUGGGUCCUCGCCUAUAAUGGUGUUGGAGAAAAAUGAAGGACUAAA